GGGCCGCGGGCUGCCAGCCCCGGGCGGGGCGGAGCCCUACUUCUGGCCGCCCGCGUAGGCGGUGCUUGAACUUAGGGCUGCUAGUGGCUGGGUAUUCGCGCAGAGGCGGGCCGGCCAGCCAUGGUUGCUGGGAGCGACGCGGGACGAGCCCUGGGGGUCCUCGGCGUGUUCUGUCUGUUGCGCUGCUUCGGUUUCAUCGGCUGUAUUUCCCAACAAACAUAUGGCAUUCUGCAUAAGAAUGUCACUUUCCAUGUACCAAGCAAUAUACCUUUAACAGAAAUCCUAUGGAAAAAACAAAAGGAUAAAGUUGCAGAACGGGAAAAUUCUGAAUUCAGAGCUUUCUCAUCUUUUAAAAAUAGGGUUUAUUUGGACACUGUGUCAGGUAGCCUCACUAUCUACAACUUAACAUUAUCAGACGAAGAUGAGUAUGAAAUGGAAUCGCCAAAUAUUACCGAUACCAUGAAGUUCUUUCUUUAUGUACUUGAGCCUCUUCCAUCUCCUACACUAACUUGUGCAUUGACUAAUGGAAGCAUUGAAGUCCAGUGCAUGAUACCGGAGCAUUACAACACUCAUCCACAACUUAACACGUACUCAUGGGAUUGUCCUUUGGAGCAAUGUAAACAUAACUCAACCCAUAUAUAUUUUAAGAUGGAAAAUGAUCUUCCACAAAAAGUACAGUGUACUGCUAGCAAUCCAUUAUUUAAAAGAACAUCAUCAAUCAUUCCGGAAACCUGUAUCCCAAGCAGUGGUCAUUCAAGACAGAGAUAUGGACUUAUACCUGUAGCAUUAGCACUAACUGUAACAUGUGUUGUACUGUGUGUGCGUGCUCCAAUUGAUUGGUAACAGAAGAUGAAGACAACAGCAUAACUAAAUUAUUUUGAAAACUAAAAAGCCAUCUGAUUUCUCAUUUGAAGAGAAAUUUUUGAAAAAUUUCAAUUUUCGAAGAACUGUUGGAAAUGUAACUUGAAGCAGCUAUUUUUUUUUAAGAAGAAAUACUUACAAACAAAGAACAUGCAUUAGUUUCAAGUGUCAUCAACCUAUUAUAUGACGGGGUGCUUGCUUUUUUGUCACUAAAUUGUUUUUACUGAUGAUAUAGAAACUUUUGUAAAUAAAUGUAAAUAUGUACAUAAGUGA